AUGAAAAACGUCGGAAUCAUCUACAACAACCGGAUACCCGAGGCGCUGGACCUCAGCAUGGCGAUCCUGCACGAACUGGACCUGCCGGAGGGGAGCUGGUAUUCGCCGGCCGAGAAUCUCGAGUCCCUGGCCCCCCGGGCCGAGGGCACCGACCUCGUGGUUACCGUGGGUGGAGACGGGACCAUUCUGCGGGCGGUACGGUUCACAGGGCCUGCCAACAUACCGAUCGUUGGCAUCAACAUGGGUCGUCUUGGGCCACCGUCACCCGGGGGCGGCUCCACGAUCGAACAGGGGCCCUAUCACGCCCUGAACGACUUUGUGGUGGCCCGUGGUGCGGCUUCCCGAGUUGUGUCCAUCGCUGGGACCAUCGACGGGGCGCAGGUCUCCACGUUCCGCGCCGACGGGCUGAUCCUCUCAACGGCGACUGGGAGCACCGGCUACAACCUGGCGGUCGGCGGGCCGAUACUCGACCCCGAGUCGGACGCCCUGGUGCUCAAGACGGUGGCGGCCCAUAUGGGGCUGACCGCAGCACUGGUGCUGCGGUCCGACGCGGAGGUGACCCUGCAGCUCGAGGGAUACCAGGGAGCUGUCCUGAGCGUGGAUGGCUACGAGGACUAUGACCUGCAGCCCGGCGACCGGGUCGACCUGGCGCAGAGCCCAUACAAGGCCACCUUCCUGCGAGCCAAUCCGCCGUCCUACUUUUUUGGCACACUAACACGCCGCCUCGGGUUCAGCAUCCGGGGCCAGUAG